GCCAGCGCCGGGGGCUCGUCGCUGACGGAUUUACAGGCACAAAAAGAGGGUCUGCGCAGAACACAAAAGAAUGUGAAGUGAAGGCAGUCGUUGAAGAGGAACUUCUAUUAUGGCUAUUGUUACUAAGGUAGAAAGAGCCGCUGAGCAUCGCUGCACCGUACAUCUGCAUGAUUGAUGGUCCUGCCAUUCAUAUAGUAGAAUACGGUCAUUCUCGCAGAUUGCAUGCAAAUCUAUGGACAGGUGGUCUGCAAUAGCAAGGUGUGCAACCAGGCUUGAUUCACCACCGACCGGCAGUGCAGAAUAUGAUUAGGCACAGCAGGCAACCUGCGAAAAGGGCAUGGGGAUCUUCCGAGGAGCUGGCAAUCAAUCUUUGCCUAGACGAAAGAUGUCAUUCUCAUCAUCCAAUUGUCCCCUGGAACGGGGGCAGCUUCGGAUGAUCUGAGAGUUACAUAUGGACUGGGGCAGCUUCGGAUCAAUUGAGAGUUGAGCUCGCAAGAUGGCUCUGAGCUAGUUUAUUGAUCGCCGCACAUGAGCUACCUGAACUCCCAACACUCGGGAUUCUAAAUAGAAAGGACACAAUGUACUUGCUUGUCCUGUUCAGAGCUCUAUGGCUGCUCUCAGUCUGGCUCGUCUACGCCGUGGCUCCAGACUUUCUUCUCCUAUUCUUCAGUCUCGCGUUGCUUCCAUUCCAGCCCAAGGCCCAGCCUUCAGUCAGCUCAUGGCUUUUCUUGGACGAUUCCAACAUCAUCCAGCUCAGCAUCAUCCACCUCCUUGUCCUGGAAACAUGCAAGCGGCAGGUCCAGAAGCGCGGCCGUGCCUUGCAGCGCCCCAAGACCGCCCGCGCCACCAGCAGCCUCCUCCGAGCGAUCCUCAACGUCGCACUCCUCCUCUCCCUUGCGCCCCCACUCUUCUCCAACAUUCUUCCAAGCUUCCUCACGUCACAGCCAGGGUCGUCUGAAGGGAGGCAGGAGGCAGCAGCAUUGAGUAGGGGAAGGAAUCCGGGAGGGUACUGUUGGGGAGCAGAUGGAGGAGCCUGUGUGCUCUGGGUGUUCUUUGUGGCGAAACUGGUCCAGGAAGUUGCAACUGGGGUACGUGUUGUGCUGGAGAGUCACCCCCACAUCACAACAUUGGACGUGUUUGCGGUGCUUAGGAACAACCCGCCCACGUAUUGGGUCUGGUGGCUCCUGGUUCGUCACAGUUCCGGCCCAGCCGCCUGUUUUGCGGCCGCCCUUGACUGCGCCUGCCAGGUCCUCAUUCACACCGGCAAGGUCGUCGGUGUGAAUAGCCACUUCCUGGCCAGCUGCCUGGUCUUUCCCCAGCUAGCCCAAGUGCUGUACCUGCUUAUUCACACCGCCUGCCCGCUCCCACUCCUGGUCAGCCUGCCAGGGGUGGUGGUGGGAACGGGCGCGUUUGUCUGGACGAUGGCAGGGCGCUCGACUGAAGGCAGCACGGCUGCAUCCGACCGCGUCUUCGACGCCGCUUAUGGCUGGUCGCUUAUCAUAGGCACCUGCCAGCGCAUCGCGUAUGGCGUCCUCCUCCGAGACAAGAGCGAGACCUGGAGCUUCAGCCGCAGAGUCCUCUACCUGAUCCUGCGCGAGAAAAGCGCGGUCUGGGAGAUCCCGCGCAAAAGCCUAGAACUAGGGGCGCGGCUCGGGGGCGGGGCAUACGGGGAGGUGUAUCUCGGCAAGUGGCGCGGAUCCACGGUCGCGGUGAAGCGGUUCAAGCGGCAGAGCAAGUCGGAGUGUGAAUACGAGCGGUAUCUGACUUUCAAGGAGGAGGUCAACGUGUUGAGCCGCCUUCGGCACCCCCGGAUCGUCGAGUUCAUGGGCGCCACUAGCCGCGGGGGGGAGCUCCAGAUCGUGACGGAGUUGUUGCAGUUCGGCAGCUUGUACGACUUCUUGCACGGCCCCAAGGGCAUGAUCCAGCGCAAGAAGGUCGCGAUGGACGAGCGGCGCGCGGCCAAGAUCGCGGAGUCGAUCGCGAUGGGCAUGCAGUUCCUGCACACCAACGAGCCGCCUAUCCUGCACAUGGACCUCCAGCCCGGCAACCUGCUGAUGGUAGACGUCUGGUCCUGUAAGCUAUGCGACUUUGGGCUGUCGAAGUUCAAGUUUAAGAGCAAGGGCGACCACAGGGAGGCGCCACGUGGCGCGCCGCAGUACCGCGCCCCCGAGUUGAUCGAAGGCCACUGGGACCUGCUGUCCGAGAAAGCGGACGUGUACAGCUUUGGCAUCCUCCUGUGGGAGAUCUUCACGUGCCAGAUCCCCUGGGACGGCCAGAUCAUCGAGCAAGUCUUCUAUAGCGUAUCCGACAAUCAGGAGCGGCCCCCACUCCCGGAGAACGCCAGCCCCGCUUAUCAGAAGCUCAUCCAAGACUGCUGGGCCCCGAACCCCGAAACCCGCCCGACGUUCACCGAGAUCUGCGCGCGCCUGCGCGAGCUCGUCGGCAGCGCGGCCGCGCCCGGCUCGCGCGCGGGGUCCUUCACCGAGGCGAUGUGCGCGCAGAACGGAGUUCCGCCCGCGCAGAACGGAGCGUCCGCCGCCCACUUUGCCGCGGUCGGGUUGAGCCCCCCGACCUCCCCGGUGCACCGAAGCGGGGGGUCUUUUAGCAUGGGGAACGGUUCCCCGCAACUAUCCCCGGUCGGGGGAGACUCGGACUCUCCCCGCCGGCGCACGUCGUUCACCGUUCCACGCGAAGACGUGGCCGGAGAACCGUCCACCGAGGAGAAAGCCGGGAAAACGCGAGAGGAAGAAGGCGUUGCCUCGACCGGUGCAGGAUCUUCCGGGCACAAGGCCGCGGCGCCGUGGGGCGUCGUCGGCGGGUUGCACCACCAUGCGCGCGCGCACAAGAGCCGCUUCUCGUAUGCGGGACCUAGGAUAGUGACCCCUGAUGCCGCACCGGAAGCGUCUUGAGUAGGUGAAGAAGUAGAAUAUUCCUUUGAGUUGCAGGUAAACUCAGGUAGCCAAUCAGGUAUGCUGCUGCAUAGGCUUUUAAAAUUUACGAGCGUGCCCGAUCCCAGGAGGUUUAUUCAAGAUCGCUUACACGUGUCCGGCACUGAUUGGCAGACUUAUUUGUGAGCGGUUUGUGUAUCUAAACGUGUUGUUCAGCGCACUAACCAGAUGGACCUAGACGAAGGAUUUUGAAUAGUUGAUACGACGUCAAUUGAAGGUCUCUAAAGUGACGCAAUUUGUACCAAGGCAUUUGGAGCCGACUAAAGCGAAGGGGCCACAUCACCGU